UAGAUAUGCCUCUAUACGCGGAAGUCAAAAGAGCGGAAGUUGAUUAGAGAAGGCGGACGAGUGAGAGAGAUGGCGAGCGAGUGAGAGGGUCGAAAAGGGAAACUACUCGCAAGUAAUCCGGGCCGCUGUGUUUAUCUGCUGUGUGUGAAGCUCCAUCAACAAGAUGACAACACUACAGAAUACAGUAAACACUUCGGCUGAAUAUGCCACCUCACCCAUCCGUGGACCUGGUGAUGGCAUGGAAAUGGAGCAACCGCCCAAAUCUGUUGAAGUAAUCCCAUCCUCGGCCACUCAUACCCAUCGAAGCCCACACAAGAAAGCUCUUCCUUCACCAAGUCCUGGAGUUCUUCAACUAGGGAAGAUAAAAGGUGAUACGGCCGUGGAGAUCGAAGCUGUGCGAAUCCUGGUUCCCAAAGCUGCUAUAAACCAUGUCGUUCCUACCAAAAAUGCAAAGACGUCCAGGUCUUCAGGACACCAAAGGGAAACCCUCACUCUGUUAGAUGGAAUUUCGGGUUCUAAAAAGGAGCUUAGAAGUGAAAUAGCAAAGCUCAAGAACUCCGAAAGAAGAUUGCUACAGGAUAAGGAAGGCCUUUCCAAUCAGCUCCAUGUGCAGACAGAGGUCAAUCGGGAGUUGAAGAAGUUACUUGUUGCUUCUGUGGGGGAUGACCUGCAGUAUCACUUUGAACGCAUGGCACGUGAAAAAAAUCAACUGAUCCUUGAAAAUGAGGCCCUAGGGCGAAAUGUGUCUCAAUUAUCAGAGCAAUUAGAGCGGAUGUCUAUACAGUGUGAUGUUUGGAGGAGCAAAUUCCUAGCAAGCAGAGUCAUGACUGAUGAGCUGACUAAUUCCAGAGCAGUUCUCCAGCGUCAAACCAGGGAUGCACAGAGUGCAAUUCAGGAUCUGUUAAGUGAACGUGACCAGUUUCGCCAAGAAAUGAUUGCUGCACAGAAAUUGCUGGAGGAGCUGAUGGUUUCUCUGCAGUGGGGAAGGCAGCAAACCUACUAUCCUAGCGCACAGCCUCAUAGUACAGCAGAAUUAGCAGCUGUCAACCACAAACUAGCUAGAGCAGUGACCUCACACCUGCUUGGAAACACUAAUAGCACUAACAGUCCAAAAAAGGGCUCUUCGCCGACAGAACUCUGCAACACCCCUGCUGAGAAAAUGGCUGAAAUGGUUCUGAGAAUGCUGGAUCCCGGCACUUGUACAGAAGCAUCUCCAGAACUUCCUUUUUCUGAUCCUUCACCAUCCCCUUUCCUUUCCCCAAGGAAGAAUAUUGGACGGUUUCAUCCAUACACUAGAUAUGAGAACAUAACUUUCAACUGCUGCAAUCACUGCCAGGGAGAAUUGAUAGCGCUUUAAAAAAAAAAAGACACUGCCUAAUAGCCAGAUAUGUUGUCUCUGAAUAUGCUAACUUUCUUAAGUGAUCAGUAUUCACUUUUCUAUGCUUUUUUCAGAUAGGGUGGGCUUGUGCUAGAAAUAUACUUUUCACACAGAUUUCAGACUUCUAAGAGUUCUUUUAUCAAACUUUUUUUUAUCAGGCUGGGAUCAUACUGCAAUAAGAGCAACACAAGCUGUUCUCCAA